GCCCCUCAGCCAGCCCCGGGCACCGCCGGCAUGGUGGGCAGGUGGAAACCCCCCUGUGAAUGCUGUCGCACUUCAAAGGAGGAAAACUAUCUGCACUGCAGGCUGCCCUUCCAGAUGUGCCAAGCUUGAGAGGUGGAGGGAGAUGGUUGCUCUUGAUAUGGCUCCAGGCUCCGCAGCCCCAAGGCUUCCAGCUGCUGUGCUCUGGGCACAGUGUGGAGAAGAGUUUACAGCACCUGUGCCAAGCUGACUAUGAAGCCAAGUAUCAGCAUGUGCUCUUGAAUGUCCACGGGAAGCUACAUAGGCUGGAGGGACUAGGACUGGCAAGACAGUCUUGAACUAUUACAACUGGAUAAAAGGUGGGUCCAGGCAGUGCAAGAGACAGUAGAAGUGAAGGAGGCACAAAGGAAACACAGAAAGAAAAGAAAUAAGAAGGAACACCCACCACCACCACCCCCAAACCACUAAAGAUAAGUUGUUUUGAUGAGCUCUGUACAUGCUGUUUUGGGACAGAACAGUUGUUUAUCAGGUUUUGGCCACUGUGUGCAGGAGGAGGACAAACCACUGAGUGGGGAGAGGGUUUGGAAGCAGUGUGUGUACAGAAUUAAAACAAGGCCACUGGACAUGUGUGUACAUAUACAUGUGUGAUGGGGCUCUGUGGCAUGGUGACCACUGUGAAGCUCACCACAUGUGGAUGAGGCUGGAAAGGUCUCUAGUUUGGAUUGUGGCUGUGUCUGAAGGGAGAGUCAGAGCUUAUAUGGAAAGCCUUACAGUAGUGGCAUCUACUGCCAUUCUUAAUGCCUAUAUCAGUCUGGGAGCUCUUGGACCUGUCAGCUCUUUGGUGUAGGAAUCUGAUAGGGAAGAGGAGCACAGGGAGGAACCUACGAGUGCCUCUUCUGCCUGACUCCUCAGCAGGUCCUGUAGCAUGUGAGGGUGUGAGGCAGGCCCUGAGCCCCUUCAGAGGGUCAGCAGGUAAUUCUGGCCAGUGUGGAUCUGCCCUCCUCUCACACCUGUGCUUGGACACUCACUUCAAUAAGCUUGAAUGUGGAUUCCAAAGUGGGGCUGGAGAUACAGCCACUGCAUCCCACAGGAGAACAAGUGUGCCUGUGACCCCAGUGCUAUACCAGUGAGAUGCUGCAGACUGCUCAUGGGUGUAAAGUAUCUGCAGUGGCAAUGGGAAAUGUGUCUGACAACUCUUGAAGGCAGCUGGCAGACCUGGAACUGGUUCAUAAGCCGUUUCAGGCUUCCCAGUUCUUAUGUAGGCCUUUUGUCUGUGCUGGAAACAGCCACCAAAAGGAACAUGAGCAAAGCCCUUGUUCCUUGUCUGGUCAGCACCUGCAGCCACACCAGAAAGAUCUCUGUCACAGCUUGGAACCAAGUUCACAGGGUAAGGACUAAAUGGGUUCAGAUUUAAAGAAAAAACAAACCUUUCCCCCUCCCCAAAGAAAAAAAACCAGCCAGCAACAACCGCCCCCAAAACCCAACCUCCAAAACAAAGAAAAAAAACCUCACCCAAACCCUCCAAAAACCUCUAGCCACAUACUUACUUAAUAUUAAACAAGUGACACAACUUGCCUGUGGUGUGGUCCUGGAGGUAAGUCAGUUGGGCCAACAUGAUAGUUUCCAACAAAGCUGUGUCCAGUGAGGCAGCACGGUCCAGGAGAAAGUCAGGGGAUCGGUGUAGCAGUUCAGGGUAGAGGCAUGUGGUCUGGAUGCAUGGCCACCCUUGUUAGUCCUCAGGCACCCUUGGCAGGUCUCUGUGUCAGCUCAGCAAUCCCAGACACCCUUAGCUAUAGGGCUGGGUAGAGAAUAUGGGCUGAAAUUCCACCAGCAGCUAAUGAGUCCCUGUCGCCAUUGUUGGCACUCAUAGCCUGCCCAGCUGGAAGGUUCUCAUGUUGGCAGGGACACAGCAAAAUAAAAGGUUAUUUGCAGGAAAGUAAUUUGAGAGUAAACUAAAUUUAACAGGUCCCAAACCUAUGUCAGGCUACCACAACAUCCUAGCUAAUGGCAUCUGCUCUGUGUCCUGCAGAAUGAGCAGUGAUAACAGGGGUGGGACAGGGUGCUUUCAGCAUCUUUCACCCCUCCAAGUGUGACCUGCUAUGCAAUCCACCCCUCCAGUCAUAGCUGGGCAUACACCCCUCAGAAGCCCAAAGGCACUUGCCAGCCUCUGGAGGUUUGCAUAGGAGACUGUCUUCCUUAUUGCCAGGAAACCUGGUUCAUGUCAUACAAGCUGCUAUUCCCAGGGCUUGCCUGCAUGCCUUCCUUUCUUCCGCUCAGCUGUGCCUCAGCAGCCAGCCCUGCUGCCCUGGUGGAGAUGCUGGGUUCCCAAGGUGGGGGGUGGGGCGGGAAGGGAGGUGGGUGCUUGUGAGAGGUUUUUGGGUCCCUGUGGAGAAGGCCUCUGUACUCAGUCCCUCAUGACUUCUGACACCACUUUGCUGCAGGCCUUUCCCUAGAGGCCCCACUGUGCUUGCCCCCACCUUGCCCCGUUUCUUUCCAAAUGGGAGUGCUGUGCAGAGCAGAGAUCUUGCAGAGCAAACAAGUGAGCACAUAGAGAGUUUCAAGGCUGCCUGCUACUUGUCUCCUGUGGUUAAUCUGUACUGGUGAUUGCAUCCAGCAGCUGAAAGUAAGCUCGUGGUGGAGGGGAGCUGCCAAGCAGGGCUAUUUAUACUGGGUGAGUCAGGCUGUGCCUGAAUCCAGCUGGACGCUGGGGAGCUGGGACCCAAGGGCAACCUGCAAAGGACAUAGCUUUGGAUGAGAGGUUUUUGCCUGCAGCAGCUUGUUUACUGUGUGGUUCAGAUGUGUCCUUUUCAUUCCCCGUGAUGGACUGCACCUUCAGCUCUGCCACACAGUGCUUGCUGCAGCUGGAUGAGGAGCAGCUGGAUCAGUGCAAGUGCUUUCGGCAUGUAAGGCCCUGUUACUACCACCAUGAGCACAGCCUGAGCCUAGUUGGCCAGAGAUGCCGGAACAGUCGCUUGGAGCCACUGGAGUGCCGGGACCUGCUGGUCCAGAAUGCGCUCUUCACUGGGGACCUGGAGAUGGUGCAGAAGUACUUCACCAAGAGCGCAGCUGUCAAUCUCAUUAUUGAGACCAAGGGUGAUGAGCUACGUUGGACUAGCAGGAAACUUGGACUGUGGUCUCUGAGCUAUGAGCAGGAGCUCACCACGCCACUGCACAUCACAGCCAGCCGGGGCUACACAGACUGCCUGCGGCUCCUGCUGCUCAGGGGGGCAGCUGUCAACUUCGCACCAGGGGGUAAGACUGCCCUGCACGAGGCUUGUGCAGCAGCCAGCGUGGACUGUGUGCGCCUGCUGCUCAGCUUUGGUGCUGACCCCGAGGCCGUCUCUGAGGAUGGCUACAAGCCUCUGCACCUCUGCAAGAGCCCAGACUCCAUCGAGUGUGUCCAGCAGCUGCUGCAGCAUGGCGCCAGCGUCAACAGUCGGACAGAGGAGGAGGAUGACACAGUGCUGCAUGUAGCAGCACGGUAUGGCCUAACAGACCACGUCCAGCUGCUUCUGCGCCACGGGGCUGAGCUGGAGGCAGAGAAUGAGGAGGGGCAGACACCACUGAACUCUGCCUGUGCUCAGCCCCAUCAGCCUCAGGACAUGGACCGCUACUACCAGGUCUGCCAGCUGCUGGUGGAGAGUGGUGCUAACAUCAAUGCUGCAGACAGGGACCGUCAGCACCCACUUCACCUGGCCUGCAAGAAUGCCAAUUCUCAAAUAGCAGAGUUACUGCUGUCCCGGGGUGCAAACGUCAAUGUCAUGAACUACAGCGGCAACACAGCACUGCACAAUAUCCUGCAAGCAACUGCCUACAAGCUGGAGCACCAGCCAGAGCUUGUGGUGCGAGCCCUGCUCAACCACGGUGCCAUCCGCAUCUGGCCUGGCUCCCUCCUCAAGGUGCUGCGGUACUGCCAUACCUGCCCACGUGUCAUCGAAGCCCUGAUGAACAGCUAUGAUCAUGUGCAUAUCUCCGAGGACUGGGUGGAAGCUGUUCCAGCGGAGGUCGUACAGAAAUACCCAUGUUUCUACCAGUCACUUUUCUCCCUGGAACGGAGACCUCGCUCCUUGCAGCACCUGGCUCGCUGCACACUCAGGACCUUCCUGGAGGGCCGGUUGCUUCUUGUCCUGUCUCAGCUGCACCUGCCAAGUGCCCUGCACCGUUUCCUGCUGCUCAGCUUCGAGGAUGUUCUCUACUAAGGGCUGUGGUUCCAAUCCUACUGCACCUUUCUCUGCAUAUGUUCCAUCCCUGCAGGUGCCGUCCGUGCCUUCCCAGCUAACCCCUUCCCCUCGCAUACCUCCUGCCAGGCCACUUCAGCCCCCUGUGCCAAACCUGUUGCUGUGUCCCUGCCCCAGCCAGCCUUGUGCUUUGCCUCACACACCUAUUUUGGAGCAUCCUGUUUACCCAUACUAAUCAGGACAGACUCCAUACUCACUAAGAAAAGCAAGAUAGGGGGAUUAGGCCAUUUUGUGGGACAAGGAGCAAAUACGCUGCAUUGAUCAGUUUCAGUUGUAGGGUAUCGGUCUCCCUAUCCCAAGUCUACAAACUCUAACCUGAACUAGGCAGCUCCAGUGCCCCGGGCAUUUGUUGGGAUCCUCUCUGUAGUCAAGUUGUUUACAGUUUGUGCCCAAAGGUGUUUGGAAUAAACUCUAGCUCUUCUCUAUACGUACCAGAGUACUUCUGCCUUGCCUUGAAGAUUGUCCUGACAGAGCUCGUCCAUGUGACAUGCCAUGCAUGGUGACGUGCACUCUCGGACCUGUGCAUCCAUCUGCUUCUCAGAAGACAUAGGGGAAUGUGCAAUGGGUGUGGGCUCAGGCCUCCUAAACAAACAGUCCUCAUGCAGGUACAGUGUCUGGGACUGCCUGGUUUUGUGCUUGGGGCAGGACAGCAGUGCUUGUGCCUGCACUGACUGUGAUGUGGGGCCAGGGGGAAGCGUGCCCUGAGGAUGCUGGUCCCCUGAUUGCAGAGCAGCCAGCACCUACCAGAGCAGAGUGCAGGCCUACAUGCUUCUGCCUGGGCUGCGCUGCACUCUAGACAAGGUAAAGGGUAACUUAAUGACAGAGUUGUAAAGAAAUCAAAGCACUGACCAUCAUUUAAAGGUUUCCUGUAAGCUAGCUCCAUUCCCGCUUCUCAAGGAGCACCUAAACAACUGCUGGCUGGCGGAAGUUUGUGGGGCAGUGCUGCAGGUUGCUCCUCUUGGUGCACUGAUGUUUCAAGGCCUCUGUUAAUGUCCAUGUCAGCGCCAGGAUGCUGGAACACACAGAUCUGAAGUCUAAGCAGUUUGACAAACCCAAUGCUUCUGUCUUUUUCUGCCUCUGUUGGGAUGCAGGGCAUAAGUCUGCUCCCCUAGUUAUCACUACCUUAAUUAUCGCCACCUUACACAAGUGGUCCAUGCUGCUCUGAGGUGGCAAGCUUGAAAUAACUAUUUGAGGUUCAGUGUGCUGUUCCUAAUGUGCUUGCAGCAGUGAUGCACCACAGCAUGAAUGCUAAUGGGAUACAAUAGGAGUGUGUUUACACAUUACAAGCUUACAAAAGGUGUCAGGAAGCCAGUUGUGGCAGCCUGAAUGGGUAGGUGCUACUAUGACAGUAUAAAGAUGGUAUAUCUCAAAGAAGUUUAACAAUGUGCUUUUUGACAUCCAUGGGCAGAGAGGUGAGGUGUGGGCUUGAGGGUGAUGUACCAAGACUAUCUGCAAAACAGGGAUGAAGGGAGCUGGAGAGUCAAAGCUUUUAAAAUACCUGGAUAAUGGCCUGCAGUCCUACCAUGGAUCAGUAGCACGUUUCCCUUGAAGCGGUGCAGGAACCCAGCCUGAAGUCACCACCUUCCUGCUGGCUGAGCUCAUGUGUCUGUUCAGGGUGAUCUGUUUGUGGGAUCAGGUCCUAGAGUCAUAUUCCUGAAUUCUAAUCACCCCUUCAGAGUGUUCAUUUUUAGCCAGAUCAUGUCUAUGACUGGAGGAGAAGCAGAAGAAGGAAUGUCUGUCCCUUUUGGUGGCAGCAUAGCCUGGGAUGUGGUGGAUUUAGCAGGCCUGGGUUAAUGGUUGGACUUGAUGAUCUUAAAGGUCUUUUACAACCUAAAUGAUUCCGUGGUUCUACGAUACCUUUGGUAUUAAGGCAGUCUGCACAGCAGUACAUGUGGGGCUGGCUUUCUGGUCCUUCUUCUUUCCAGCAUUGUCCAUAUACCUGCAAUAACUUAUGUUCAGUAAUGUGCACUCAGCCACUAAGAUAGUGUCACUUUAAGGAGAGGGAAGGAUUGAAUUUAAUGGUUUGCUUUAUUUUGUAAUUGUUUCUUGCAACUGUUGGACUCAAAGCCAUGCCUCAGGUGUUGCUGAUCACUUUUGCUAGUUCUGAAGUCUGCUCUGCACUUGGGUGCUGAGGGCAGCUCAGGCUGACGGAGGUUCCUGCAAGCACAGGCACACGCAGUGCCACCACACACGUGGGCAGGCCAGCUCCUGGCAUGGCCAGUUACUGUUUGGACAAAGGUGCCAUGGCACAGGCAGGCACCUGUUGUAACGAAGGACCCAUGCUGGGGCUGUGGGUGAAUUUCCAGGGUUCCUUUCAGAGCUACGUUGGGAUUCCAGUGUAAGUAGAAGGUGACCGAGAGGGGCAAACCAUCCCUGGGCACGGAUCUUCAUAAGCUAGAUCUUAUCUGUGUUCCCAUUGAAAUUAAAAGGGCAUGAUUUCAUUGCGUGUAAGGAUACCACUGAGUAACCAUUUUCAAGGAAUGUGAGGCUAGUAGGAAAAGGGGAGUAUCUUUUACACAUUGAUUUAAUUGGGGGUGGGGGUGGGGGGAAACAACACGAAAAGAAAACAAAAUAGAUCCAAAAAACCCACCAGAAAAGCUUUUGGGCACUCAAGGCUUUUUUCAGAACUGAAACAAUCAGAAAAGUUCAAGCUAAGUGCAGGCUGAGAACAAAUGCGCUGAGUUUCACUCAGUUAUGCUAAUCGAUUAACAAUUGAUUUUUAAAAACAUUUACAAGGACGGAAUUAAAAAGGUUUGAUGUUUCAGAGCAUGUUUUGGCAAUAUAACAAGCUGUGCAACUUUUUCUUAGGUUUCUAAAGGAGAAAUUUGUAAUGCAGCAUUGAAUGUACUUGCUGGGACAGGAGUUAUGCCAGGGAAAUGUAGCUGUCCUGAGUGUGAGGGCUAUGGUCACAACUGAGGACAGAAAGCAUGGGAAUUAUUAGCACAGAGGCAUGUGGUUCUGAUGCAUUUUUACCAACUGCCAUAAGCAAAGGCAGCUGCUGAUUCCUACUCUGUCCCAUGUUAACUCGGGGCCACAUGCUGUUGUUCCUGCUUCAGCAUCCACCUGGGUUUUUUGGCAGGGCAGUCAGCAAGAGACACCCUCAUGACUGGCUGAAGUAAUGUGAGGCCACUGCCACAUUCUCAGCGUGGCUGUCCAAGCGAUGUGCUCAGGGGAAAAAAAACACCUCAUCCCAUUUCUAGACAGACAUUUCCAUCCUAGCUGCAGCCUCUGGGUCUUACUCUGACCCUCUCUGUGCAGGCAAAGCAUUGCCUAUCCCACACAUUCCCUUCCUUUAACUGAAAGAUCAGCUACAUCAGCAUCUCCCUGCAGGCUUCCCAGCCUCGAAUAUGUGCUUGAUUCUUACUUCAUCUUUUCUGUUCCUCAGUAAAAAUCAUUACGUGCCAUAAAAGGUGGGCUAGUAAACCACAACGGUACAUCUAGAAGGGUACAAGGACAAAGCAGCUAUGGAAAAGCUCUUACCUAGGAUGUCCAUCCCCACCCCUGAGCUCUGUAAAUUAUAUUUCAGGUACUUUUGAGUCAAAAGGGCACCUUUAGCAGUUCUAGAGUGGUUUAUUUUUUUUUCUUCCUCCAUAAAUUUGACCAGUCACUUUUGUGGACCCAUGUAUGUUUGAGCAUCCUGGUAUCCUUGUGGCAGUGGUAACUUAUUUGUCUUUAGACUGUCACCUUCUUGUUUCGUUUGAUGCCCCUUAAUUCUUGUGUUCUAAGAAUACAUAGGCAAUCUAGUCUGUUCCUCUUCAUUGUGUUGUUCAAAACAACAAUCCCUGUAAUUUCUUUCCUUACUCAGGCUGGGUUUCUGUUCAGCUCUGUCAUUCCCUGCCUGGAAACUGUCACCCAACCCUUAACCACAAGCACAGACUUUCCCUGUCCCUUUACUGAUCCUAAUGCAUCGCUUUGAGAUGAAGGGAGCACAGCUGUGCACAGCAUUCAAAAUGUGGUUGCACUAUGACGGUGUAAGAGUUAUUCUUAGCCGUGUGAGUAUGAGAGCUACACAAAUGCCUCAGGAACCUUAGAUUCAUAUUUGACAUUACUUGAUAAUUUACAUUGUCCAGGAGGAGGACAGCCUUGGCAGUGAUGCCCUCCCAUUCAGCAUGGUUUGUGUUCAGAUAGCAUAUGUCACAACCUCUAAAUGUUUUUCAGAUUCAUAUUGCUAUCCAGGAUGCUGUCCCUGUUUUAAAACGAAGCCCACAUUCUUCUUUCCUAUAUGUUGCACCUUAUACUUAGAUGUGCCAAACGGGUUUUUCGUGAACCUGGUCUUUCAAGCAAUCCAGAUCAAGUUGUCUUCAGCAAGUGCCAUGUGUUACUUCUACCAUCCCAACAAUUCAUUUUUCACCACCCCAAUCAUUUCACAAGCAAUUGUUUUUAUUUUCUCCCUGAUUGCUAAUAACUUCUAGCAUUGAGAUGUGAAUAGAAUACAACUAGAAAUACAUCUGUCAAAUGGCUAUAUAGAAUAAGUCUUCCCAGCUAUCCAGUUCUUUCAAAUCUGUUAAUACUGAUCACACUGACUGUAGCACACAGCUGAUUUUUCAUAUUGGAAUGUCAUGCAGAACUGUGUCAAAUGACUUACAGGAGUCUAAGCAUGCCAUAUAUAUCCAGUUAGCUCUAUCAAACUGGUAGGCUUACAAAAAAAAUAGAUAAAAUUAUUUGAAAGUACCUCUUUCAAAUGACAUUAAUUUGAAUAACAUUAAUUUGAGUUCUAGUGUUUACUAAUUUACCCAGGACAUCCUUUGACUGCUUGUCUGUGAUUGCUUGGGAUGUGUGUUGAACUAACUGCUCAGUAGUUUCUUGGAGAUCCAUGUGAACACAUUUAGAUACUGACAAGACGUUGGAUUCCACACCCCUGACACCCCCACCCCACCCCCAUCCCACCCCCAGUUACCUUAAGUUGCCCAGUGUGCCAUGAUUUGUUAUUAAAAAAAAAAAUCAGUGGUUCGGUGAACUCAUUAGCCAAUUAAAUACUCUUGGAUGUAAGUUACCCUCUUACAGAUUAUAAAAAUUAUUACUUAAACAGUGUCUCUUCAGCAUCUUCCUUCAUUACUGAUGGAAAAUAAAGUGUUUCAUUACCACUAUGAAAUAUUAAUAUUAUCCAUUGUUGUUUCAAAUACAGAUCAGAAAUAUUUAUUGACUUCUUGGUUUUCAUUAUGUGGAACGUAUGUUUACACAGAGAAACCUGGGGCAGGAGCCCAGUGACUGUAGUUCUUUGGAUUCUCUGCUGUUGGCGCAUCCUGCUCUGGGGUCAGAAUUUCCAAAAAUGCUGAGAAAUUGGAUAGGGUUCAGGGAAGAGCCAUGAGUGAGUUACAGAUUGCCAGUGAUCCCUGGCACGGGAGCCUUGCAGCGGGGUGGUUGGAUGUGCCAUUGCUGAUCCUUGGAGUCCUGCAUGCAGUUGCAGGCGCCUGUCCUUGGGUCCUGGGCUCCCAGGCAGGAAGGCUGCCAGUGCCCUUUCACGAAGCACGGCGGGUGCGCAGGCUGAGCGCCAGCUCCGUCGCCACACUGCACCUGUGGCUGGCCCAUGGUGGCGCCUUGCCGAGCUGCUGUGGGGGCAGGCUGCAGAGUUUGGUUGGCGUUGCCAGUUCCGAGUGGCACUUGGCGGUGAAACUAGAUCCAGUGGCUGGAAAUUGAAGCUGAGCAAACACAUAUUAGAAAUGAGACAUUUUUAAUAGCAAGGGUAAUUAAUCUACUAGUUAAUUGCAUCUUAGAAUAGCUUAUCAGGGUGGAUGUAGAUUUCUCAUCUCUGGCUUCUUAAAAAAUCACCAGAAGACCUGCCCUAGCCCAGGCCAGACCCCAUCCUGCGUGGUGCUUAGCCCAUGUCCCGAAGAGAUCAGACUGCUUAAUUACAGAUCUAUGAUGUGCAGUCUUGUCA